AUGACCAACUCUAUAUUAGAUACUAGUUACUCCUCAAGGCGCAAGCCCCACCGCAUCGGUAUCCUGACAUCAGGAGGCGAUGCACCUGGGAUGAAUGGAGCGAUUCGCGCCGUCGUUCGCACAGCGAUCCAGAACGGCUGCGAAGCGUGGGCCAUCCAUGAAGGCUAUGAGGGGCUCAUUCAAGGUGGUGCGAUGAUGCAUCCUCUCCAUUGGGAAGAUGUUCGAGGCUUUCUGUCGCGUGGUGGGACACUCAUCGGCUCCGUACGUUGUGACCGUUUUCGCGAACGUGAAGGCCGUCUCCAAGCUGCCAGAAACAUGGUCCUCUUUGGCAUCGACGCCCUCGUAGUCUGUGGCGGAGAUGGAAGCUUGACCGGUGCAGACCUUUUCCGAUCUGAAUGGCCUGAGCUGCUCAAUGAGUUGGUAUCCACUGGUAUUUUGACAGUGGCUCAGGUCGCACCUCAUCAAAAUCUGAACAUCGUUGGACUGCUCGGCUCGAUCGACAAUGACUUUUCUGGCACGGAUGCCACCAUUGGGUGUUAUUCUGCGUUGACUCGGAUUUGUGAGGCGAUUGAUGCGGUGUUCGAUACGGCAUCUUCCCAUCGUAGGGGGUUCGUCGUUGAAGUCAUGGGCCGGCACUGUGGCUGGUUGGCAUUGAUGGCUGCCAUCGCCACUGGAGCGGAUUGGUUGUUUAUCCCAGAAAGGCCCCCGCGUGAUGGCUGGGAGGAUGAUAUGUGCUCGAUUAUCACCAAGAACCGCAAUCGUGGCAAACGUCGCACCAUUGUUAUCCUAGCAGAGGGGGCCCAGGACAGCAACUUGGAUCGUAUUUCGUCGUCCGCCGUUAAAGAAGUUCUGAGCAAGCGCUUAGGACUCGAUACCAGGGUUACUGUUUUGGGCCAUAUCCAACGGGGCGGAUCUCCAUGUGCCUACGAUCGCUGGCUGUCAACGCUACAAGGCAUCCACGCCGUCAAUGCGGUGCUGUCUAUGACCCCUGACACGCCUUCUCCGGUAGUCAUCAUCCGGGAGAACCGAAUCAAGACCUCCUCGCUGGCUGAAACCGUUGCUCUCACGAAAGAGGCCAACGCUAGUAUGCAUGCCAAAGAGUUUGAGAAAGCAGCGAUCCUUCGGGAUCCCGAAUUCUUGGAAUAUUACAGCGCUUACCGCCACUUGAACACGACUGAUCAUCCCAAGAUGCUCUUGCCCGAAGACAAGCGGAUGCGAGUUGCGAUCGUUCAUGUUGGCGCCCCAGCUGCAGGAAUGAAUCCAGCAACCCGCGCAGUAGUUGCCUAUUGUCUGUCUAGAGGACAUACCCCGAUCGCCAUUCACAACGGCUUCCCUGGCCUUUGCCGGCACCAUGCGGACACGCCUGGGUCUGUGCGCCCAAUGCACUGGCUGGAAUCGGGUGAUUGGGUCAACGAUGGAGGAUCAGAUAUCGGUACGAAUUCGGGGCUACCUUUGGACGAUAUGGAAACCACGGCUCAGUGUUUUGAACGAUAUAAGUUUGACGCACUCUUCGUCAUUGGAGGCUUUGAGGCAUUCACGGCCGUCAGUCAACUACGCAAGGCGCGUGAGCAAUAUCCCGCUUUCCGAAUUCCCCUCGUUCUUCUACCCUCAAGCAUGUCCAAUAAUGUCCCUGGCACGGAAUACUCGCUCGGAAGCGAUACUAGCCUGAACACUCUUGUUUAUUUCUGCGAUGUCGUCCGUCAAUCCGCAUCCUCCUCCGGUCACAGCGUGUUUGUGGUUGAAGCUCAAGGAGCCGAGUAUCAGGCGACGGCUGCUGCGCUGGCUGCAGGGGCCAUGACUGUAUAUACACCCGACCGAGGCAUCAGCCUUCAGAGUCUCUCCGGUGACAUCGAGUAUCUGCGCCAACAGUUCUCACAAGACCACGGCGCCAAUCGUUCCGGCAAGCUGAUCAUCCGCAACGACCAGACGUCCACCAUCUACAGCACGACAGAGAUCGCAAAUAUCAUCAAACACGAGGCCAAGAAUCGCUUUGAUGCGCAGGGUGUGGUGCCAGGACACUUCCAACAAGGCGGAAAGGUCUCCCCCAUUGAUCGAAUCCGCGCAUUUCGGUUGGCCGUCAAGUGCAUGGAACAUCUGGAGACUUUCGCUGGCCGGUCGCCAGAUGAGAUCAUGGGUGACGAGAACUCGGCUACGGUUAUCAGCAUCAAGCAAUCCCAUAUCCUUCUGCUGCCGAUGGGAGGUCCCGCUGGGGUCGAAGCCACAGACACCGAUUGGGAGCGACAGCGGCCGAAGACCCAGAACUGGUUAGAGAUUCAAGAAGCCGUGGAUUCCUUGUCGGGACGGUCUUCCAUACGUGUCAUUCCGAAUUGA